AUUCCCCAUUUAGAAGCCAUUUUGGACACAGAUCAGUAACAUGCAUGUAAACCCCGACCGACCUCCCGAUGCAGCGGUGCUACUAUUCAAGUGAAUAACCUCAAAAAGAGCGCUGAGCUUUCGUCUUGGCUGGUUUAACGGCUUCCCAUUCGGCUUUUGGAUCCACUUCCAAUGCGAAAUGCUGCACAUAUUGACGGACUAACAGUCUGGCAGUCAGUUAAUCGCUCCUAUCUUUUCUUGCAACAUUGUUGCAGCGUCGCGGCUAUUGACACGCGUUGUGGUGGUGGUUAGGCUGCUGGAGGGACCGGAGGCCUGUGGUCGUUUUGAUCCUGGACUGAUGUUUUGGACAACCUGAGUUUUAAUGUUCGCGUCGGGAAGCGGGGGAAAUCUCUGUCCUGUAUUUAAAACGGAACAUGUCUUUUUCAUGGCUGACUUGUUCACUUCUUCUGGGAACUUUAUGCGCAGGGUACAGUCUGGGCGAAGCAGAGACCCGGGAGUGCAUGUACUACAAUGAUAACUGGCGUACGGAGAGGACCAACCAGAGCGGCUUUGAGCGCUGCGAGGGGGAGAAGGACAAGCGACUGCACUGUUAUGCCUCCUGGCUCAACUCCUCAGGAACCAUCAAGCUGGUGAAGAAAGGCUGCUGGCUGGAUGACUUCAACUGCUAUGACAGACAAGAGUGUGUCUCCAUGGAGGAAAACCCUCAGGUCUUCUUCUGCUGCUGCGAGGGCAACUACUGCAAUGAACGAUUCACCCACCUUCCUGACAUGAUUGGCAGUGGCAACCGAGUAAAAAUCCGGCCUCCACCCCGAGUGCCGUCACUGCUCAACGUGCUUGUGUACUCCCUGCUGCCUCUCUGUGUGCUGUCCCUGGCCCUCGUUCUGGCCUUGUGGAUGUACCGCCACCGCAAACCUCCUUACGGACAUGUAGACCUGAGCGAGGAUCCUGGACCAGCUCCUCCAUCCCCCUUGGUGGGUCUGAAACCACUGCAGCUGCUGGAAAUCAAAGCUAGGGGGCGCUUUGGUUGUGUUUGGAAAGCCCAGUUGAUGAGCGAAUAUGUUGCUGUAAAGGUCUUCCCUAUUCAGGACAAGCAGUCAUGGCAAAACGAGCGGGACAUAUUCCUGACUCCAGGGAUGCGCCAUGAAAACCUCUUACGUUACAUCGCUGCAGAGAAGCACGGCACCAACCUGGAGACGGAGCUGUGGCUUAUUACGGAGUUUCAUGAGAGGGGCUCAUUGACAGACCACCUGAAGGGUAACACUGUGACCUGGAGUGAGCUGUGUCACAUAUCAGAGACCAUGUCCCGCGGCUUGGCUUACCUCCAUGAGGACAUUCCCAGCUACAAGGGAGAGGGGCCCAAACCCACCAUUGCACACAGGGACUUCAAGAGUAAAAAUGUGAUGAUACGAGAUGAUCUGACUGCAGUCAUUGGAGACUUUGGGCUUGCUGUACGAUUUGAACCAGGAAAACCUCCAGGUGACACUCAUGGCCAGGUGGGUACGAGGCGAUACAUGGCUCCUGAGGUGCUAGAGGGAGCCAUCAACUUUCAGAGAGACUCCUUCCUGAGAAUAGACAUGUAUGCUAUGGGCUUGGUGCUGUGGGAGCUGGUGUCCCGCUGCACAGAGACAGAUGGUACAGUUGGCGAGUACAUGCUGCCGUUUGAGGAUGAAAUAGGCCAGCAUCCCUCCCUGGAGGAUUUGCAGGAUGUGGUCGUGCAUAAGAAGAUGCGUCCAGCCAUCAAGGACUGCUGGCUCAAACAUCCUGGUCUGAGCCAGAUGUGCGAGACCAUCGAAGAAUGCUGGGACCACGACGCAGAGGCCCGAUUGUCUGCCGGUUGCGUCGAGGAGCGCAUUGGCCAGAUCGCCAGAACGAUUAGCAGCACUACCUCAGACAUCCCCGUCUGCAUUGUGACAUCUCUCACCAACGAGGACCUACCUCCCAAAGAGUCCAGCACCUGAAUGGGUGACCCCAUCCUUCACCUGAGCUCCUGACUUUAUUUUUUGAAUCCAAACUCAGCGGAUCUCCGUGAAUAUUUAAAAUCACAAAAAAAACAACAACUAGCAACUUAAAUGCAGCUGCUAUUUUAUCCCAAUACUGGUAUUUUCUUUCUGUUUUUUUUUUUUUUUUGGUGUUUAAAAUCGGAUCUUACUAACACAUCCAUCUGCUGUAGGUUUGAAGUAGUAAUAAGUUAUGCGAAGGGCACAUCUGAUAAUACCCAUGUGUCAAAUCUUAAAUGUCGUCAUUACCUCAUGUAUUUCUUGUUUUAGUCUAUUUUUAUUACCUCAUAAGUUGUUAUUGUUGUCAUUUUUCCUGUCUUGGUCAUGAUUGUCUGUGGCCAAGUGAAAUUAACUUUUGCUCCAAACCUCGGACGACUUGCUGCGCACCUCGGAGGAACCGUUUUGAGACUGUUAGACAAAAUAUAUUCAUCUUCCUCAGGGGUCGAAGCGUCUCGAUUUUUAAAUGCGUUUGUGCUCCCUUAUUUUAAACCUGUGAAUGCCUCAGAAUAAAUUAAAAAAAGAUCAAAAGAAUCGGAGCACAGCUGUUUUAUCGCAUGGGAGGAGCUAAAAUGGGAGCUGAGCAGUUGUAUUGGACAUUGUGGACUUUUUUUGAAGAUUUGGGACAAGUGUCUUGUCCCAGGGGAACUACCUCUCAGGUAUCCAGUACGCUUCUUUGGAACAUUUUCUCUAAGUUGAGAGCCAAGCUAUCCAGCUAGCUAUCGUGGACAUAUUCCUGGAUUUUAUUUUGUUCUUUUAAUUGUAGAAAUUUGGAGUUACUCCUUUGCCAGUGCCAGGACUAGGUGUCUGGAGUUGCAAUGUGUUUGUUUGUGUGUGUGUGUGUGUGUGUGUGUAUGAUGUGAGAUGGAUAGAGUGGUUUUAAAGUAAGAACCAUGGGCAGAUAAUUGGGUUUUAUCCUUGCGAGGGCCAUACUUGAGUAAGCAACAUGUCUGUUUUUAAUUUGCAUGGGUAUUUGUUCAAUAGACUCAGUUGGACACCAGUUCCCAGAUACCUCAGUCACUAUACAUCAUGCAAGGAGAGCUCAAAUGGUUGCCUUUGUCUCAAAUGCAAUGCCAUAGUUGUACCAUAACAUGAAUACCAUACAUUGAAUGUCCGUUAUGCUGCUGUGACUAUUCCAGGACACUCAAGGAUUUGUAGAUGUACAUUGUACAUGUAUUAUUUGUGAAUAACGCUAAUGAUAUUAUGUGAGGCUUAUAUUUUUUUUGUGUGUUUUUUGACUGGGUAAGCCCGCAGCUGCUUACUCCUCCAGACUGACCUCAGAUAUUCUGACAAGUACCUCAGGCUUUUUCUACAUGUAUAUCAAGUUGUGUUAUGUAUUUUAUUGUGUUUUAGUAGUUGAGAUAUUUUAUUGCCGGUUGGGCCUCUUUGUCUGUUGAGAUUUCUUUUUAAAUAGAGCCUGACUAGUUGUCAUGGUGUUAAUCCUGUAUGGUGUUAAUGCUGUACAAACCUAAAAGAAGAGAGGCCGAUUCUUGUAAAUACACCUGUACACACAGUUGCCGAACACUGAUCUGUUUGAAGAAAAAAAAAAUCAGGACAUUAUUGUGUUGUUCUCAUUUCACAGAAACAGAAAGGGAUAUUUUAGUUCCACCUCUGCAUAUUUAAAAGUAAUUUUGACAACUAGCCCUGUGAUUUUUAAUAUAUAGAUAUAGUUCAAGAAUAGUGGUUGGUUUACUGAUUUCUAUGAAUAAUGGUAUCCGUUCCUCUGAAUCAGAAGCUGUGUAGGUAACACAUGUAAAAGAAAGCUUAGUGUGUGGAUCAUCAAAAAACAGACGCACGCACACACGAAAACAAAUCCCUGAUAAUUUGGCGCUGGCGGCUUCUGUGAUUGGCCACUUGCUGGAAAUGCCGGUUUGAACAGUAUUACCUCAAUAUUAACCCGUUAAUGUGAUGUUCUGACCGGUUUGGUGAUAGUUAAACCAUGUUGGACACACAGGCUCAUCUGUUGUGCUUUGAUUAGUGCUGUGGAAAGAUAGUGAUUUUAACAGUGGUGUAACUGUAGUAUGUGACGCUUGCUCAUGUGCAGUUUGGGGAAAAAAAAAAUAUCAAUCCCUACAGGAUAAUGGUUUUUAGUGUUUGGAAAUCAUCAAUGUGUCUAUAACUACAUGAUUGAUUGAUAAUGCAGCCCCAUUGUGAUUCAUGUAAACAGUGGCAUGUGCGUGGUCCAAGAGUCCAGCAAUAUAUAUAUUAUACAGCAAUAGUCACUUGAAUAUCAUAGUUUAAGUAGUUAAACUCAGCUGUGACUUAGCAGUUUUCUUCUGCGGAUCAAUAAAGUACAUCUCAUCACACCUGGAUCGUGUUCUGAUGAGGACAUGCAUUAAGACCGACAGCAUAGAAGUGCUGUGGGUUGAAUGUUUGUGUCAAUAGCUGAACAUGUCCCAGGUGCUUUCACGUAUUGUGCCAGAAAAACAACGAUCACGAAGGAAAAUCUACCGUCAUCGUUUGUUACCUCCAAAUGCUGUCUAACACCCAGCUCUUCUGAACAGAAAAACCAGUUACCUCAUGCAGUACCUCGUUAGUAACACUAACACGGAGUCAGUCUCAUCUUCAAAAAAAGGAAAAACAAAUCAACUAUCGUGUAUAUAUUUACUUGACAAAUGUAAAGGGUUGCUUCCUUUUCAUGUGUGAAUCCUGUGAAAGCAAAAUCCUUUUUUUGAUUUACAGUCAAUAUGUUGUUCAUUUGUCAUUGUGUGAAUGGAUGUUUGACUGAAUUGUGUGACCUUCCCUGUUUAUGUGAACUUUGUGUGUGUGUGUGUGUGUGUGUGUGAUGUAUGUUGGUUGGUUUCACUAAAACAGUACGAAUGGUAACUGAGUUGAAAUGCUUAGAAAUAUAAACUAGAUGAGAAUACAUUCAUCUUUUUGUAUAUUGAAAUAAAGACAAACACUGAUUAA